AUGGCAAGAUUCUGGUGGAAGCAAGGUAAAAAGGAAUCGGGUAUUCACUGGAAGAGUUGGGAGAAGCUGGGGGUGUCAAAAACAGCGAGUGGCCUUGGUUUCGGGGAUAUGGAAAAUUUUAACAAAGCUAUGUUGGCAAAACAGGGGUGGAGGCUUAUGAGAAGAGAGAAUUCUCUUGUAGCAAAAUUUUUUAAAGAGAAGUAUUUCAAGAAUUCCAAGUAUACUGAUGCAAAAUUGGGUGUGAUGCCUUCCUAUAUAUGGAGAAGCUUGCUGUCAGUGCAAGAGGUAGUGAAGAAUGGGGAGAGAUGGAGGGUUGGGGAUGGGAAGGAUAUAAGGAUUUGGGGUAAAAAAUGGCUGCCUAUGCCAACCUCUUUUUCCGUCCGAUCUCCUGUAAAUCUACUUAGCCCUGAUGCAAAGGUUAGUGAACUGAUUGAUGAAGAAAAUAUGGAGUGGGAAACUGAGUUGAUCAGGGAUAUUUUUAGCAAAGAAGAAGCAUAUAAACAGAUUUGGGGACCUACUAAGGAUGGCAAGUACUCAAUUAGGAGUGCUUACCAUGCUGAGAACCAAAUGUGCAAAGAUAGGAAAGGGCAAGGUUCUAGUACUGAAGUGGAAAAUGAGAGAUGGAAGAAUGCUCUAGUUAGCUUAGAUGAAUUCCAAGAAGCACAAAGAGAAAGCAGAUCAGAUGGGAGGAAGAUGGGACUGGCUCAGCAAAGAAGAUCAUGGCAGAAACCUGAGCAACCGAGUGUUAAAGUGAAUUUUGAUACGACAUUGGAUCUAAAAGAAAAAAGAAUAGGAGCAGAGGUGGUGAUAAGGGACUGCAGGGGGGAUGUGCUUAUAUCCUUAUGUGCUCAACUUCUAUAUGUUACUUCUCAUUUCUUAGCAGAAUGUAAAGCUUUCGGAAGGGCUAUAGAACUUUGUAAGGAGUUGGGUUUCUACACUGUCUAG